GGGUCUAAGACCCAUGUCCAUCCGUAAAGUAAGUGAUAGUGUAAACAUCGUCGUAACAGCUGAAAGCGAAAGAUUGCUUAGCGUGGUGCUAAUCGGUGCCCAACUGCCCAUCUUCCCCCGUCCUCAAUUUCCCGCGCAACUGCGAUUGUACACUUCUACCUUUAUACAUUUCUCUCUCUUCCAUGGCGCCCAAACCAGACAACGCCGAAGUUAUAGUGCUCAACUUCGUCAAUGAGCAAAAUAGGCCAUUAAAUACUCAGAAUGUUGCUGAUGCAUUGCAAAAGUACAAUCUCAAAAAGACUGCAGUUCAAAAAGCUCUGGAUUCACUUGCUGAUAGUGGAAAGAUUUCAUUCAAAGAGUAUGGAAAACAGAAGAUCUACAUUGCACGUCAGGACCAGUUUGAGAUUCCUAACAGUGAAGAGUUGAGUCGUAUGAAGGAAGGGAAUGCCAAGUUACAAGAACAGUUAAAUGAACAGAAGAAAGCAAUUAGUGAGGUCGAGGGAGAAAUCAAAACGUUGCAGUCGAAUCUGACGCUAGAGGACAUGCGCAGCAAGCUGGAAAGACUGAGAGUAGAGGUUGAGGAUAUGGAGAUUAAGCUGACUAAAUUGCGUGGAGGAGUCACCCUAGUGAAACCAGAGGAGAGGAAGGCUAUUGAAGAUAUGUACGAAAAUGCAAUAAGUCAGUGGAGAAAGCGCAGAAGGAUGUUUAAGGAUGUUUGGGAUACCAUAACGGAAAAUUCCCCCAAGGAUUUGAAGGAAUUUAAGGAAGAACUCGGUCUAGAAUAUGACGAAGAUGUUGGGCUGAGCUUGCAAUCGUAUUGCGAUUUGAUGCCAAGAAGUAAAAAACGAGGUAGGGGUCAGUAAACUCACUGCAUAACUUGAUGUCGGCGAACUGCGCGACAAGGUUCGUGGUGUACAUUCGUGCCUCUGAGCAGUGUUAAUUAGUAUACAAUUUCUAGGUACCUCGAUGAGCUUUAAUCUCUGAUUAUUAAGGUAUAAACUACAUUACCUAUUGUAGUUUGGUGGGAUAUUGGUUUAAAGGCCUUUACAUGUUUAACUAAUCGUUAUCAAAUUAACACCAACAAUUCUUAUACAUAUCUCUUCCAAUUGUAGCUUACUGAUCUGUUUCUCAUAGAGCUGGAAAGUGAAAAGUGGUUAUGUUUAUCCUGCAGAAAUCUCAUCAAUGCAAGUUACUGAAUUACUUCUACUUCAUUGGUUGCAACUUGAACUUGCAACUACUCUAUAAAAUUUAUAUAUCCUAUUUUUAAAUUUAAAGGCCGAAGACCAAUGCGACAAUACCUUAUUGGUCAAUCGAGUAGCUUUACACUUACUAAUCUCAUUUUAUUCAUAUUAAAAUUUAAAAACACUACAAUUUCUCUUUCGCAUGUCAAAU